AUGGAUACAGAUAACACAAUUUCAAGUAAGUAUGAAGUUGACCUUCAAGCAAGUCAACGUCAAAGCUGUGGUGAAGAAAGAGAAAUAAGGAAGUAUGUUCUUCAACAAAAGAGAAACAACAGAGGUUGUCAUCCUGCAUCAACAUCUGAUUCUGUUGAAAGGAUUCCAUUUUCAAAUACUUCAAGUGUUUCAACCACCAAUGUUGAGAGAAGGAAAGUGUAUCAUCUUCCUGUUUAUGCUACUCCAAAUAUUAUUAGUAAUUUGUUUCACUUAUCUACACAAGUAAAAGAUAACACAAUUUCAAGUAAGUAUGAAGUUGACCUUCAAGCAAUUCAACGUCAAAUGUGUGCUGAAGAAAGAGAAAAAAGGAACUAUGUUCUUCAACAAAAGAGAAUCAACAGAGGUUGUCAUCCUGCAUCAACAUCUGAUUCUGUUGAAAGAAUUUCAUUUUCAAAUACUUCAAGUGGUUCAACCAACAAUGUCGAAAGAAGGAAUGUCCAUCACACUCCUUUUGGAAGUACUAAGCAAAUAUCCAAUUUUGUUGAGAGGACUCCAUUAUCAAAUAUUACAAAUUCCUUUCAAAAAAAAUCUAAAAUUGAAUUACAAAUGAGUGAUGAGAUGUUACCAGAUUCAGUGGUUAAGAAGAUUCAUGGAAUUUCUAAAGAUAACAUUGAUCAUGGAGAUGCCAUCUUUGUGUGUUCUAAAUGUGAUGCAAUGUUAUGGGAAGAUGAAAUGCUUAGGGGAAAUAAAAAACGUAACAAAACAUCCUAUUCUCUUUGUUGUUCAAAUGGAGAUGUUGAGCUACCACGUCCGCCUACACCUCCUCCAUUAAUCCGUCAUUUAUAUAAAAGUCGUACCUCACAGUCUCGCAAUUUCAUGGAUAAUAUUCGAGCAUAUAACAUGAUGUUUUCCUUCACAUCUCUUGGUGGGAAGGUUGACAAAAGUUAUCAGAGAGGUAAAGGUCCUUAUGUAUUUAGACUACAAGGUCAGAAUUAUCAUCGAAUGGGUAGUCUAUUUCCGAACGAUGGGGAAGAACCUAAAUUCUCCCAGCUUUACAUAUAUGAUUCACAAAACGAAGUUAUAAAUCGUCAAAAAGCAGUAAGUUCUCAGAUAGAAUGCAAAACUACAAGAAACAACCAGCUUGAUAGUACAGCCAUAGAGGGUCUUAAAGAUAUGUUGGAUUCUUGCAAUCCUCUUGUCCAAUCCUUCAGAAUGGUAAGAGAUUGUUUUCAAGAAAAUGAGUUUCAAGAUGUAAGCUUGAAGCAUAUUGGAACAAGAGAUAACGAUGUAAGAGUUCACAAUUUGCCAACAGCAUCAGAAAUUGCUGCGUUAAUACAUGGUGAUUUUGAUGGAGCAUUUGAUAAACGGGACAUUGUUUUUAGAAAGAAGUCUUGUGGUCUUCAAAGAAUUAAUGAGCUUCAUCCCUCUUACCUUGCUUUGCAAUAUCCACUUAUUUUCCCAUAUGCGGAAGAUGGUUAUAGAGUUGGUAUUAAACAUAGAGGGAUUGCGAUUGAUGAUGAGGUACUUAGAACCAAUCUUACAAUUAGAGAAUUCUUUUGUUACAAAAUUCAAGAUAGACAGAAUCAGUUUUCAUUAUAUAUGAUGCAAAAGUACUUGGAUGCUAUGGCAAUUUGCAAGUCUGUUGGAUAUCCCGAUUUAUUCAUAACGGUGACUUGUAAUCCAAACUGGCCUGAGAUUUACAGGUGUUUGCACGAUAAAGCUCUUAAUGCUGAAGACAGACCGAAUAUUAUCUCUAGAAUAUUCAAGUGUAAAUUGGAUCAUCUUAUAAAAGAUUUCAAGAAACAUAAAUUCUUUGGUGAUAUACAAGCAGUUAUGUAUACAGUGGAAUUUCAGAAGCGUGGACUCCCACAUGCUUACAUAUGUUUGUUCUUGGGUGCUGAAAGCAAAUUUCCAAAUGCAACUGAUAUUGAUCGUGUUAUUACUGCUGAGAUACCAGAUAGAGAAAGAGAUCCUGAAUUAUAA